CCUGCGUUACUAGGGCAGGAGGUGAUGCUCCUCAAUACACUCAUAGCUGUCUGUAACUGCGCCUGUGCAGAAUAAAAUUUGCUGACGUGUAGGAUUUGCUCCGAUUGAUCUAUCGCUCAGUUUUUGAGGCCGAAUUAGGUGGAUUUAAGGACCUGUGCUGUGAAGAUGAAUGUGGAAGUGGAGAGAAAGUUUUUAUUCAAUGCUGAUACUCUGAAAACACUGGAGGAGAUCAAGGUGUAUGUUGGCCAGCGUCAGUUUCACGACCAGUAUUUUGACACCCCCAAGUUUGACCUGACUUUGAGAGACAUGUGGCUGCGUAAACGUAAAGGAUGCUGGGAGCUCAAGUGUCCAACAGCAGAAGCCAGCAGGACAAAACGGAUGAGUGGAGAACAAAGUAAAGCAGCAGCGCUGUGUACACGCUACAAGGAGAUAACCAGCCUGCCCGAAAUUCAGCUGAGAGUGACAGAGGUCAUCAAAGACGUUUGUGAGGACCAAGAAACAGAGACAGGCUCCUCAGACCAAGACGAGUCUUGGCUCAGCAAAAUGAAUCUGGUAUGCUUUGCAGAGUUUACAACAGUGCGGCGGUCAUUCACUUUAGAGGAGGAGGGGGUGCAGAUAGAUCUGGAUCAAGCUGACUUUGGCUACCACGUGGGGGAGGUAGAAGUAGUCGUACCAGAAGGCAAUGUGCAGGCUGCUCUGGAGAAGAUUGAAACAACAGCUCGAAAGCUGGGUCUGACUGGAGAUCAGCGAGUUGAAGGAAAAAUGAAUGUUUACCUUAAAAGAAAUCACCCUGAGCACUACGCAAAACUACUAAGUGUGCACAUUUUGUAAGAGAUCAAGGUUUUUAACAUAUGCACAGUCAUAUCUGUAAACCGAGGUAUUAUUUACUAGAAUUCCCAAAAUAAAAAAUGUGCCUGCAACUGUACAGACACUCAAAGUGGACCUGAAUCUGUCAAGACAUUUCCUGUAUAUUAAAAUUUGGUAAGCAGCUAUAGACCUCUCCUCUCCUCGCUACUUGAACUUUUUUGUCCUGUGUACUGCAAACAACAGUUGUGGUUUUGCCUGGCUAUAAAAUGGACAUUGUAUGAGUAACUGUAAAUACUGGAAAUAAAUAGGGUGUCAUGUUCUCCAUUCACUGUUAAUAAU